AUGUCAGACGAUUACGAUUACGAAUCUCUUGGAAGCAACGCUACACUUUCUCAAGAUGCUAUGGCUGGUGCUCUCGCUGGUAUUGCUGAGCACUGUGCCAUGUAUCCUGUAGACAGUAUCAAGACUCGCAUGCAAGUCAUUCAAUCAGUUGCUACUACACCAAAUGCUGCCGCAACCGCUGCUGCUAGAUCUCAAGUGUUUGGCUCACCUCACCACAGUAAACAUCAUCGCCAUGUGCAUUCUUCUGCCAUUUUAGAAUCAACUUCAGAACCUUCAGUCAAAAACAUCAAAUCAGCUUCACGCAACCUUUGGCGUGGUGUUAACUCUGUUGUGUUGGGCGCCGGCCCUGCACAUGCAGUUCAUUUUGCUACUUACGAAGCCUGUAAAGAAGCCUUUGGUGGCAAUGCUGGUGGACAUCAUCCUUUGACCAAUGCUGCUGCUGGUGCCUGUGCUACUCUAGCCCACGAUACCCUUAUGAAUCCUUUCGAUGUGAUCAAGCAACGUAUGCAACUUGGUGAUAGCGCCUAUCGCUCUGUCAGGGAAUGUGCUCGCAAUGUGUAUGCCAAGGAAGGUCUCGUUGCCUUCUAUAUCUCUCUUCCUACCACUCUAACCAUGUCUGUGCCAUUCCAAUCUAUUCAAUUUGCUACCUAUGAAUUUUUCCGUAAAGUUAUCAACCCUACUGGUGAAUACGACCCUAAAACCCAUGCUAUUGCCGGUGGUUUAGCUGGUGCCAUUGCAUCUUCUGUCACUACACCACUAGAUGUUGUCAAGACCUUGCUGCAAACCCGUGGUACCAAUACCGAUCCCCGUAUUCGAAAUGCAUCAGGAUUGAUGGAAGCUGUAAAUAUUAUCAAGGAAAGAUAUGGAAUCAGAGGUUUCUUUAGAGGAUUCAAGCCUAGAGUGCUCACCAACAUGCCAAGUGCAGCCAUUAGCUGGAGUGUGUAUGAAUAUUUCAAAUGGUUCAUCAGUAGCUCAAAUGAUGUUGCUAUUCAAGACAAGAAUAUUCUCAGUUUGUAA